AUGAAGGGCUUCAGCAUCGGAAUAUUGGCCAUGUGUGCCACAACUUGUCUCGUGGUUCAAGCCGAACACGGCAAACAUCACGGCUAUGGGAAAGAGCACCACCAUCCCGCCUAUUACAAGUACGGCUACAAAGUGCACGACGACUACCACGGUACGGAUUUUGGCCACAAUGAGCAUCGCGAUGGACACGUCACCAAAGGCGAAUAUCACGUCAAGUUGCCCGAUGGUCGCGUGCAAACCGUCACCUACUACGUGGAUGGCUACAAGGGCUACGUGGCUGAGGUCAAGUACCAUGGCAAGGCCCAUCAUCCCCAUGUGAAACCGCAUAAGGGCUACGGGCAUGAUCACGGGCACGAUCACGGGCACGGCCACGGUGGCCACUCGGAAGUGUAUGGACACCAAAAGCCGGGACAUGGUCACGGUCAUCAUAAACAUGGUUACGGCCAUCGUUAA